GGGAUAUUAUAUCGGGCGAAUAUAGUAAGAUGUGGAUCUUCCGCGGCUUGCAAGUCGGAGAUUGGAGAUAUGUGGGCAGGCACAAGCGCUGCACAUGCGAACCGCCGAGAGGGUGCCCCGGUGCGCUAUAAAGGCAGAUUCGUGAAUGGCGGCCCGCGGUUGUGCUUGCAGGCCAGCGCCGGAUCCACAACUGGCGCCAAUCAGCGCUUCGGUGGAGGACCCAUAACACCCCUCGCGCUGCUGUUCCACUACUUAUCCCUUCCACGUCCUUCAUCAUCUCCCGUCCCCCUUCCCCCUGACGCCCCCCACGAAUGUCGACCUACUCGACAUCCCACGCAGUCCUCCUCCCCUUCGCUCCCCGCAAGGACUCCAAGUCAUCUCGCAAGCACCCGUCCCCCAGCGCCCUCCCGAGCACAACCGACCUCUCGUCCUUGGCCCACUACGGCUCAAAGCGUGAUAGCUCCUUCUCCAUGGCAGACCAAUUUGUACUCGAUCUCCCCACACGCUCUCGAACACGGACACGCACUCUUACCCCUUCAAUGUUCUCCGAGUCGUCGUUUGAAUCCACCUCCUCCUCAUCCUCCUCAGCCUCCUCAUCCGCAUCAUACCCCCCUCCAUCAAUUCUGUCCAGUCCACCGUCAUCAAUCGCUCCAUCACCCUCACCACGGACGCAAACCCAUCGGAAACUGCGUCCGCUACCAGUGCCUCCGAUGUCUCCCCCACCGCAUGCGACGGUAUCUCCCAUUGCCCCCUCUCCUCAACGACCCACACGCCUUCCACGAUCUCACUCCCAUGAUGAUAUCCACUACGUCCACUCUCCAAUAACCACCGCACCAGCCACGACCGAGUUCCCGGCGCCCCCUUCGACGCCCGCACCGCCAUAUUCCCCACGGCAGAAUAUCUAUCGUCUGCCCUCACCGCCUCCGAUACCCACCUUCACGAAGCUCUGCAUUCCACUCACGACUCAGGAUGAUUCCUCCUUCUACUCCGACGUCAAGUCAAGACCAUUACAGAUCGACCUCUUGACGCCGAUCAUCGAGUCACCGGUCGCCGUCCCCGCCGGACAACGAACGUACUCACCCCUGUCAUCUGUACCAACGAUCUCCCCCGCUUCGGCUAUUUCACUAUCGUCAUUUCCAUUACCUCCGCCCCCGCCUUUCGAAGAGGCCGGCGCUUACGACUCCGAGCCCUCUUCUCCACAUUCCUCCGACUCAACACCAACGCCCACAGGCGCACCACGAGUGCGUCCACUGCCUCUUCUUCCCGUCGCCCCGGGACCCCCGAGCGAGUGCACGACACCGAUCGCGAUGUUUCCUCGGAGGGCGUCAUUCUCGACGGAGACGCUCGGCAGCGCUCUUCAGGAUACAUCUCUCGCUGCCAGCGACCGGAGAAAACUUGGGGACGGCGGCGAGGACGGGUGGGCGUCGGAGAGUCGCCUGGAUACGAGCGACGUGGAUGGCGAGAUGAUUGAUUGGGAUCUGAUUGGUGAGGUUAUGGAGACGGCUGCAUAAGCUGGCUUGGCUGUAGACGCUCGCUCUCGCUUUGUCAAAAUCGUAUCUCUCCCUCCGUGUUACCCCUUUUUGGGCCUGUGAUCCUCUCUUUCUCUCUCAUUCCCUCCAUUCGAUAAAGCUUUGCAUCCCCGCCGCCCGCUGCUGCAUUUUGGUUUCCGUCCGUGCUUGGAGCUUGUUUGUGCCCCUGUUAUCCCUGCCUGCUUCUCAUGACCGCUGUUUUACGCAUUAUCUUAUCCUGUUUUCUUCAUUCGCUUGCAUUGAAUCCUCAUUCCCACUCCCGCAGUACUGCUCCUAUUCCUCUCUCUGCUUCUUCAUGAUACGGUCGGAUACCUCUCCUCUCUCCUGUUCGAUAUCUGAUCUCAUUCUUCCUUUUCUUUUUCUUUGUUUUUGGUACUCACUCUCGAGCGGAAGCUACUCGGAUACUUACCCACUUCACCGCAUGGUACAUAGCAGCAGCCAGCGCUCAAUGUCGCAUUUUCCUUUUUUUUUUGUGUCGGUCGAAAGGAAACGGAAAUUAUGACGCGCACGCAUUUUACAUAUGUUUUGUAUUACUGUACCGUCCCGACGACAACUUCUGUCUGUCCGAUGUCCUAUAAUGUCAAUGAUAGUAGUAGA